GGGAGCUGCUGCUCCUGGCCAGGGUGGAAGCGGAGAGGAGGGAGGCGGAGGGGAUUGGAGGCGGGUAGGACCAGGGGACGCGCGAGUGGCUAUUAGCCCGUCUAGGGGGGAAGGCUGGGAUUGAUGGGGCUGGACCGACCAAUGAGAGGGCGCCUGGAGAACGGCCUGGCUGCUGUUAAAGGGGGAGGUGGGAGAGGAGCUGCCAGUACAGCCUAGGCGCUAGCGGGAGAGGCUGGGAGGAAAAGGGGGUGGGGAGGGGGGAUAAAAAGCAGCCACAGCAGCGGCGCCCACUGCAACAAGCAGACGAGGAGGAGAGGCGAGGAGGGAGAGCCAGCCAGCGCCCAGGGAGGACGCCCCCCCCCCGGAGGAGGAGGAGGAAGAAGGACCGCAUCUCCGCGCUCCCCCUCGGGGCUGGAGCAUCUCCAUGGCGGGCGCUGGUGUGCCUGGCCGCGCCUGAAUGGGACCCACGCCCGGACUGAGGGACGGACGUUGAGCACUCCCCCCCCCCACCUCCGCCUGUGUUAUUGUUCUGGGCUGCCUCUUUCUUUCUUUCUUUUUUUAAAUCCGCAUCUUUCCCCCCUCCUCUUCCUCCACCCCUCUCCCCUCCCCUCCGCCCUGUCCCCUCCUCCUCUUCCUCCUCUUCAACUUAAAGAGAGAGAGAGAGAGAUUGUAGCGAGCAGGAGGCGCCGGAUUCUUUCCUCUGUGAGGAAGCGGCGGGCGCAAGUUUGGACUCCGUGAGGCGAAACCGAAUGACCGGGAGAGACGCCGCCGAAGACACACAGGAAUAAUUUAAAAAGAAGAAGAAGAAGAAGUGGGAGGGGUCGGAGGAGAAAGGGCCACGGGGUGGGGUAGUGCAGUGGAGCAUAGUGUGUUUGUUUUCUGAGGGCGUGUGAGAAAGAACCCGCGACUGGUCUGUGUGUAUAUGCCUCGGUGCGUGUGCGCGCGCCUAUAUAUUUCGCUGGCUGUUUGUGAGGGAGGCUGUUUGUGUGGCAGUGGCAGUGACAUCUCUUGGCCAGGGGCUUGUGUGUGCGCGCGUUUCCCUCCCUCCUCACCACACACCGCCCCUCUCCUCCCUCCCCAUCCCUCUCCAUUGCCCUCCGCUCCCCGCUCCGUCUUCUCUCCUUCAGGGCUGCCCUUCCCGCCUGCCCGCACGCCCCCGCCUCAGCUGCUUUAAUACCCUUUGGGCUGCAGCCUGCGCGUGGACUCUCCUAGCCGAGGCGCUUUCUCGCUCGCAGCAAGCAGGAGCCGCUUCGGCAGCCCAGAGCCCCGGGCCUUGGAGGGGGCUUCGGGCGGCAUGCUGCUGGAUGCGGGGCCGCAGUUCCCGGCGCUGGGAGUGGGCACGUUCGCCCGGCACCCGCCCCCGUCGGCGGCGGAGAUGCAAGAGCGCGAGCUGAGCCUGCAGAACAGCUUCGUGGACUCCGCGGCGGCGGCGGCGGCGGCUCACCUGGGCGCCUUCAAGCUCAACGCAGCGGCUCACGAGCUCUCCCCGGGGCAAGGCUCGGCCUUCAGCUCGCAGGCGCCGGCUUAUCCGCACGCCGCCCAUGUGGGCUCCUACUCUGGGCCGCCCUUCAACUCUCCGCGGGACUUCUUGUUUCGGAGCAGGGGCUUCGGGGAGGCGGCAGCCGGAGGAGGACAGCAUGGGCUCUUCGGGGCAGCGGCGGCGGCCACCGGCAGCCUCCACCACCCGCACGCGGAAGCGCAGAGCCACCUGCUCUUCCCGGGCAUCGGAGACCAGCACGGUGCGCCAGGCUCGCCCAACGUGCUCAACGGCCAGAUGCGCUUGGGCUUGCCCGGGGAAGUAUUCGGUCGAUCGGAUCAGUACCGCCAAGUGUCCAGCCCCAGGACUGACCCUUACUCGGCGGCCCAGCUGCACGGCCAGUACGGCCCUAUGAACAUGAACAUGGGCAUGAACAUGGCGGCGCACCAUGCCCACCACCCGCAUGCCCACCCCCAUGCCCACCAUCACCACCACCAUCACCACCACCCCGGGGCCUUCUUCCGCUACAUGCGCCAGCAGUGCAUCAAGCAGGAGCUCAUCUGCAAGUGGAUCGACCCGGAGCAGCUCAGCAGCCCCAAAAAGAGUUGCAAUAAAACUUUCAGCACCAUGCACGAGCUCGUCACCCACGUCUCCGUGGAGCACGUCGGGGGGCCGGAGCAGAGCAACCACAUCUGCUUCUGGGAGGAGUGUCCUCGCGAAGGGAAGCCCUUCAAGGCCAAAUACAAACUGGUCAACCACAUCCGAGUGCACACGGGCGAGAAGCCUUUCCCCUGCCCUUUCCCGGGAUGCGGCAAAGUUUUCGCCCGAUCGGAGAAUCUCAAGAUCCACAAAAGGACGCACACAGGCGAGAAGCCCUUCCAGUGUGAAUUCGAAGGUUGUGACAGACGCUUUGCCAACAGCAGCGACAGAAAGAAGCACAUGCAUGUCCAUACUUCGGACAAGCCCUAUCUGUGCAAGAUGUGUGACAAAUCCUACACUCACCCCAGCUCCCUGCGGAAACACAUGAAGGUCCACGAAUCUUCCCCGCAAGGCUCCGAGUCCUCGCCGGCUGCCAGCUCCGGCUACGAGUCCUCCACCCCGCCGGGCUUGGUGUCCCCCAGCGCAGAGACCCAAAGCACGGCUGCCACCAACUUGUCUCCGGCCGCGGCGGCAGCGGCAGCAGCUGCUGCCGCGGCGGCGGCUGUGUCUGCAGUGCAUCGGAGCAGCAACGGCGGCACAGGCGGCACCGGUGCCUCGGGCGGGAGCGGCGGAGGCGGCGGCGGUGGAGGCGGCGGCGGCGGGGGCAGCGCCAGCCACAGCGGCCUCACCUCCAAUUUCAACGAGUGGUACGUCUGAAGGUGGUUGGCCUUGCCCGCGGGCUGCACUGCCCUGCUCCGCCGAGGAGGAGAAGCCACUGGCGCUCUCUCUGCUCUCUCUCUUUCUCUCUCUUGCCUUGAUUUCGAUUGGGACAGCAGCACAAAAAGAACGAGGACACAGAGAAAGAGGGAAGAAGCGGUUUUAAAACAAACGAGAAAGAGAAAGAGGGAGAGGAAGGAUUAAAAGCCGCAGAACGUUUCGUUUCGCCGAGAGACACCCGCUGCCUCCCCAGAGCCUUUAAAAACUUGCAGCCAGCCGAGAGACCCCUCCCUCCUGCCUCCAGCGCCUUGGGAACAAAAGAUCAGAUACGACCGAGGAGCCGUCCUCGGGCCCGGUUCGCUGCAGCAGCCCCCAUCCCAUCGGACUGUCUGUGUACAUAGAGGAAUCCUCCCUCCUUCCCUCCUUCCUCCAAGGUGGUAAUCAAAGUUUUCUUGGAUUCUUGGUGUAUAGAAAUUGGUCCACUUUGUGAACGCUGGGUUGGUUUCCCUCUGAUGAGUUCCUCUCCCUCAUGUUCUCCCCCCUCUCUCUUUCUCUCUCUCUCUCUCCCUCCCCCCCACUUCUCUUUCUCUCUUUUUAAUUCACCCAUUUUGAAAGGGGAGGGGAAAAUGUAACGUGGAAGCAAAUGGUUUCUUUUGUAAUUGUGGUAUUUGAAUAUUGUGUUCCUUUUAAACAGAGGCAACUUUGAUUGUAAACUUCAUUCUGCUAUAGACUGGGAAGACCUUUUUUAAAAAAAACGUGCCAAAGUCUCCAUACUGUUCUUCAAAACACCCCAGAUCAAUUCCUCCUCCUCUUUCAACGCUUGUGAAUGUAUUUUUCUGUUAGCUGGGUUUACAUGUGAUGUUUUAGUGCUUUUGCAAGUUCGAUUUGUUAGUUCCUGUUUGGAAGUUUGUGGGGAGGGGGGAAAAUAAACGUAGUGCCGUUAGGGUUUUUUUCCAUAAUAACAACCUUCCUUGUGUAAAUACCUGUUGCCAUAUUUAUCCAUUUGUAAUUAAAUUAUGGUAUUAACUUGCUACAGAGGAAACAGUAUUUAUAAAGAAUGUUUCUUAACUAUAAAUAUGUACAAUUGUGAGCAUAAACUGUUUCAGAAUUUUUUUAUUUGAAGGUUUAUGUGGUUUCAUCAUUUCUUGUGAUAUGGGUUGUUUUUUGUUUUGUUUUUAGUUUUUAUUUUUUUGAGAGUAAUGCAUACAGAAAUAUAAUAAAAUGUGUUGAAACUGCA